GUGACCUCAGCAGUAGUUAGCUCACAAACACACACACACACACACACUCGGAGUCUCGGAAGCUGAGCGUUACAAACUGACAGUAUGGAUCAAGCGCUCACAGUGCUGGAGAUAGAGCGUGUUGAUUUGCAGUGCACGGUGAACAAUAACGAACACCACACAGAGCUGAAUGGAGUAGACAGACUGAUAGUGAGGAGAGGUCAACCCUUUAACAUCACCCUGUACUUGCGAGCUGGCUCACACUUUCAACAUGGAAGCAACAUCAACCUCAUCGCCACUACAGGGCCAAACCCCUCUGAAAUUGCAGACACUGCUGUCAAAUUCGGACUCGGUAAAUUUAUAUCCAAAGUCCGCUGGAGUGCGACAGCAUCUGUAGCAUCUGAGAGCAGCGUAUCACUCUCUAUUGGCUCUCAUCCUGAUGCCCCUAUAGGGUUGUAUCAACUUGUCCUUGAGCAGGUCAGCAAGGAAGUAAAGGAAGUCAACUUGGGCCAGUUUGUGCUUCUCUUUAACCCCUGGUGCAAGAGAGAUUCUGUGUAUUUGGCGAGUGAGGCUGAGAGGCAGGAGUAUGUCCUGUCUCAGGACGGACUGAUCUACCGUGGAAAGCCCAAACACAUCACUAUACUCCCAUGGACCUUCGGACAGUUCGAGCCUGGUAUAUUGGACAUCUGUCUCAGAGUUUUGGAUGAAAACCCAAAGCACAUGGAGGACCCAGUGAAGGACUGUUCAGACAGGAGAAGCCCUGUCUAUCUGACCCGAGUCAUCAGUGCCAUGAUAAACAGCAAUGAUGAUAAAGGUGUUCUGGUGGGGAACUGGUCAGGAGAUUAUGAGGAGGGAAUCAAACCCACUACAUGGAAGGACAGUGGUGCUAUUUUACACCAGUGGAACCAACAGAAUUGCACAGGCGUGCGAUAUGGCCAAUGCUGGGUGUUUGCUGCUGUGGCAUGCUCAGUGUCCCGGUCACUGGGUAUCCCCUGCCGAGUGGUCACCAACUACGAAUCAGCUCAUGACGCAAACAGCAACUUGCUCAUUGAACGCUAUUACAACGAGAUCGACGAGGAUAUAAGCGAUGACUCAAUAUGGAACUUCCAUGUAUGGGUAGAGAGCUGGAUGACUCGUCCUGACCUUAGGCUCGGGUACGAGGGAUGGCAGGCCAGUGAUCCCACACCACAAGGAACAAGUGAUGGCAUGCAUUGCUGUGGUCCAGUCCCUGUAAGAGCAGUGAAGGAAGGUGACCUGAGUGCAAAGUACGACGCUGCAUUCGUUUACGCCGAGGUAAACGCAGAUGUGGUGGAAUACAUAAGCCUGAGUGAUGACCAAGUGGUAAAAGUAGGAGGAUCAGCUACUCAAGUGGGCCAAUGCAUCAGCACCAAAGCAGUGGGCACAGAUGAGAGAGAGGACAUCACACAUCACUACAAAUACCCUGAAGGUUCCAAAGAGGAGAGACAGGUGUUUGAGAAGGCCAACCACGUAAACCGACUAAAUCAAAAUGAGGAAGUGCCCGGCCUGCACGUCAAGAUAAAACUGAGCCCUGGUAUGAUGGUGGGUUCAGACUUUGAAGUCUAUGCACGGGUCCUAAACAACACGGACACCCCAAAGAACUGCCGCCUGAUGUUUUACGCCCAGGCUGUGUCAUAUAACGGCAAACUCGGGGAGACGUGUGGCCUGACAGAGCUCAGUGAGGUUAACCUGGCCCCGGCAGAGGGAAGUAAAGCAACACUUCGCCUAAAAUAUUCAGGGUAUAGAAGAGCUAUAACUCAAGACAGAAUGAUCAAACUGGUCGCUCUGCUUAUCGACUUGGAGUCCAAGGAGUUACAAAGAGCAGCAAAGACCAUAGUACUGGAAAACCCUUCCGUUAUCAUCCUGGUUCUAAGGGAUCCUAAAGUAGGUCUUCCUGCUUUGGUUAAUGUGAUCAUGCAAAACCCUCUGCCUGAAUCGCUGGAAAACUGCGUCUUCUCUUUACACGGAGCCAACCUGACGGACGGCACGACCAUCACCAAAGAAGUUGGGACAGUCGACCCCGAGGACCUCGCGACUGCUGAAUUCGAGUUCACGCCCACAGCUCCAGGAAAACGGAAACUAGUGAUAAACUUCUCCUCCGAUAAACUGACCAACGUGCACGGAUACAGUAAUAUAACCAUCGAAGAAUAAAUGCUUCGUUUGGUGCUGACCCAAACUGCUUCACGUUCGCUCGGUGCGACUUGACGGACAGAGGAGUUCGUGCUUCGCAGUUUCUCUGUAACAUGAAAAGCUACGUUAGUUUUGUCCUAUCGAGGUUAAGAGAGAAUCGAAGCGAGGCUGUCGAGGGAACGACCGUGUUAUAGCCGCAACGAGCCAUCGUUACGUUGCGGUUACUCGCGAGUAACUAAGAAAUCGUCGCAUUUAGCAACUGAUUUUAUUCUUUCUGCUCAAAAUGACCUCAGGAUUAUUAAGUCGUAUUUCUUAGGUUAGGAAGGAAUGCAAAGCAAUGACGAUGAAGCUUUUUCUUUUUAAACAGUGUACCUCUGCAUUGCCUAAAGAACGUUACCAAAGGAUCAAGAACCUGAAAUAUUACAGACCGCACCUUUAAACUUUCUCCCUUCUUCCUAAGCGCUGACUGCAGCUUCAGAGGACACCUUUAAUCACAAAAUGGAAGUGAAGAUGGGAAAAAGGCGUCUGUUGAUUGAGCGCUUUAACUGAAGAGGAAAAUAUUUGUGAAUGUUUGAGAUUCAAAUGCAAGGAACAGAUCCGAGUUUGUGAAAAUCAGGCUGUUGUUUUUCCAUUCAAACAUAAUUCGGAGGGGGAAAAAAAAAAAGAACAGAGACAGUUUCUUUAGUGAAAACCUGCUGUUAAUGUUCAUUCCAACAUGUCAUGAACUGUCAGCUCAAAUUUGGACUGCUUUCAGUUUAGCCACUACGGGGAAGAGUUUUCGACAAUUUACUAUAAAACAUACCUGCUUUCAGAAAGAGAAAAUCCUACGUACAGUAGACACACGUGCUCACGUGAACACUAACCACAGUGCGGAGUCAGUAGCGUACACCGGGGCUGGGCGAUACGAGCGAAAGUGUCAUCGUUUUCUUAUCUGUUCUCAACAAAGUCGGAGGCAAAAACAUAGUUCAUAUAGAGAUUUCAGGAGGGAUGAUGUUCCGUGAUAUUUAGUGCCGUUUGAAGGAUAAUGUUUCCUUCAAACUUAUCUAUUAAAUAGUCAUCAAUAUAACUUGUAAAUUUUAAGUUCAUUCAUCUUUAUACCAUGGGAGGCGGAGCCUGAACAGGAAAUUGAUCCUGUAUUUUUUUUUUUCUGAACUAUUUCUGUUUCUUCAACAUAAAACUUUCACAUAUGCACUUGAACGUCGAUUUCUCUACAGAAUGUAGAAGAUAACACAACACUUUUGGGUAUAUCGCCCAGCCUUUGACGGAGACGCUCCAUCCUGAUGAUGAUGAUGAUGAUGAAGCUGAGGGUCGGUCACUUAGCUGUGUAUUUCCUUUAUUUCAGCUACCUAGUCUUUAUAACUGAGCAGAUAAAGAAAAAAAGCAGGUCACACAGACUCCUUGUUUGAUUAUUAAUAAGCAAAUAAAGCAGUAAAACCUCCAAAAAAA